AUGUCCCCGACCACCGACUACCCCUACAACGACACGUGGGACGACUCCUUCCUGGACGACCUGGACGCGCCGUCGGUGCCGCUCACCCUGCGCUUCGUCCUGGCCCUCUACGCCCUCAUCUUCCUCCUGGGCGUCCUGGGCAACGGCGCCGUCAUCUGGGUGACGGCGCUGGAGCUGCGCCGCACCGUCAACGGCGUCUGGUUCCUCAACCUGGCCGUGGCCGACCUGCUCUGCUGCCUGGCCCUGCCCUUCCUGGCGCUGCCGCUGGCCCGCGACCACCACUGGCCCCUGGGCGCCUUCUCCUGCCGCGUGCUGCCGUCGCUGACGGUGCUCAACAUGUUCGCCAGCGUCCUGCUGCUGACGGCCCUGAGCGCCGACCGCUGCGCCCUCGUCACCCGCCCCGUCUGGUGCCACAACCGCCGCACGCCGGGCCUGGCGCGGGGGGCCUGCGCCGGCGCCUGGGGGGCGGCCGCGCUGCUCACGCUGCCCUCCUUCGUCUUCCGCGCCGCCCGCCGCGACCCCUUCUCCGCCAAGACCGUCUGCGUGCUGGACUACAGCCUGGUGGGCCGGCACCAGCGCCUCACCGAGGUGGCCACGGCGGUGACGCGGCUGCUCUGCGGCUUCGCGGGGCCGCUGGCCGUGAUCUCGGCCUGCUACGGGCGCCUCCUGUGCCACCUGCGGGCCAAGGGCUCGGCGGGGCGGCCGCGCCGGGCGGAGCGGACGGUGCUGGCGGUGGUGGCGAGUUUCUUCGUGUGCUGGUUGCCCUACCACGCCGUGGGCGUGGCGCUGGCGGCGGCGCCGGCGGGCAGCGCGGCGUUCCGGGCGGCGCGGGACGCCGACCCGGUGGUGGCGGGGUUGGCCUACGUCAACAGCUGCCUCAACCCGCUCAUCUACGUGGUGAUGGGAAGGGCCUUCCGCGCCCGCGUCAGGAGGUCGUGGAGGGGAGUCCUCAAG